AUGAAUACACUAGUGCAGAAAUACUCAAACGUCAACAAUAAUGACAUUUUAAGCGAAAUAGAGUCUAUUAAUCAAUCGCGUUCGUCGAAUCCUCAGUUGAGCUUAGCACCAUCAAUUGCCGUCCCGCCAAUAUCGCAGCCUACUGAUUUCUUAAGAGCGCACACCGAUGACGCUUCGAAUCCCGAUUGUAAGAUAAAAAUAGCCCAUGGUACGACAACAUUAGCGUUCCGUUUCCAGGGCGGGAUUAUAGUUGCAGUUGAUUCUCGAGCAACUGCGGGAAAUUGGAUUGCAUCUCAAACGGUUAACAAGGUUAUUAGAAUAAAUUCAAUGUUACUAGGUACGAUGGCCGGUGGUGCUGCCGAUUGUCAGUUUUGGGAGACUUGGUUAGGUACACAGUGUAGGUUACAUGAAUUACGAGAAAAGGAGCGUAUUUCAGUAGCCGCUGCUUCGAAAAUAUUGAGCAACUUGGUGUACUCGUAUAAGGGGAUGGGAUUGAGUAUGGGUACUAUGGUUUGUGGUCAUACUAAAAAGGAAGGUCCCACUAUAUACUAUGUUGAUUCGGAUGGUACGAGGUUAAAAGGUGAUUUGUUUUGUGUUGGUUCGGGUCAAACUUUUGCCUAUGGUGUUUUGGAUAGUGAGUAUAAGUGGGAUUUAACGGUUGAGGAGGCAUUAUACCUAGGUAAGAGAAGUAUAUUGGCUGCGACUCAUAGAGAUGCAUAUUCUGGUGGUUCGAUCAAUUUGUACCAUGUUAAUGAAGAAGGAUGGACGUAUCAUGGUAACUACAAUGUUGGAGAGUUGUUUUGGGAAAUUAAAGAGAAGGAGCAAUCUUUUGUCAAUGUUGAUGGAUGA